AUGCUGCCCACGGUCAACACAAAGUUCCCGCCUCCCCCGACGGCACCAAUCCCCGUCAAACCCCAUUUCCCUCUCCGGACAGCACACAAGAAGCGACCAUCCCUGGAAAUCAUCACAGACUUUAACCCACAUGGAGGAGCCAGAACGGACUUCCAAGCUCACCGAAUGGGUGCUCUGGGCCUCACAUUUUCGGUUAUGAGGGCACUGCAGUUCGCUGGACUGAUCGCCGCCAUCGGCUUAUGCGCAAACUUCAUCGAUGAGUUCUCCACAAAGUCACUGGGAUCUCCUUCGGAGCUUCUUGGUACUUUGGUAGUGGCCGUCAUUGCUGUCAUCUACGUUGUCAUCUCAUACAUCCUCUACUACGAUGCUAUGCUCCCCUACCUCCUAAGCGGAAUCCUCGAUGGCCUACUUCUGAUCGCUUUCAUCGUCGUCGCUUCGAUACUCGGAAAGCCCCUUUCCGAGCUCCAGUGCGCUCUUAUGCCCACUGACCCCGACGCCAACAACUUCUGGACAUCCGUUCCGUUCCAUGUCAAGUCCCAAGAGACGCACGAUGAUGGCCUCUACUUCACCUUUGUUCACAUCGACCAGCCCACCUGCUACGAGACAAAGGCCAUCUGGGGCCUCUCCAUCGCUCUCUGUGUGCUCUUUGCCUUCAGCAGCAUCGUCUGCGUCGGUCUCUGGCGCCGCGUUAGUGGGGGCACAACAGUUGUCAGCAGGAAGGACAUUGAGGGUUAG